UAGUUGGAGGGGUAACAGCGGGGCCUGCUUGCGCCAUGGUCCGCGCAUGCUGAGGGCGGCGAAAAAGCAUGCCCAAGAGAGCUGCUUGGUCCAUCGUCCAGAAUGCGCACAAGCAGAAGCUGAUCCGGGAGGACGACGUGGACUCGGGCAACUACCGUGGCCUCUCCACCCAAAAGCGGCAGUCCGCCCUCACGGUGCCGAGGCCAAGGGCAGAGACGGACGAGGACGCAGUGGCCUCGGAUUUGAGCAGUAGCGAUGAUGAGCGGCCUCAAGCGAAGGUGCGCGUGCCUCUGUCCAAGGACCUGGCCCUCGCGGCGGUGCAGCGCAGCAAGGUGCUCAAGGGCCUGUCCAUCCGGGGCCAGGUGCGUGUGGCUGCCCUGCUGCAGCGCGCCAGCUACCUUCCUGGGGAGCUGCUAUGGUCGGGCCAGGAGGAUCAGCAGAAGCGCCUGGUGAUCAUUGAGAGCGGGGAGGCUGAGCUGUGGCUCCCCGAGAACGACACGGAGCGGUUCGUGGGCACUUCCGGGCCCGGCAAAGUGCUGGGCGGCCUCUUCGCCGUGGGCUCGGCGUCGCGGCAGAUCUUCUCCGUGCGGGUGCAAGGAGACAUGGACUCGGAGGAUCCGCAGCCGCUGAAGGUCUGGGAGAUCGCGAGCAGCGACCUGGAGCAGUUCGAGUCAAUCUUCAACGCGGACGACCUCAACGCCUUCCGGCGCCGCGUGCUGCAGGACGUCCGCAUGCAGCUGGUGCCCUACCUGCAGCAACUGCUUCUGUCGGGCGUCUUCUCCCGCUACUCCACGCAGUUCAUUGCACGCAUCGUCAAAGAUAUGGACCUGCGCCUCUUCGAACCUGGGCAAGUGAUCUUUAAAGAGAAGUCCCUCGGACGGAGUCUGGGGGUGUUGGUGUCCGGCGUCGUGGAUAUCAUCGUCAACGGGCGCAAGGUGAUGUCUAAGAGCAGUUCCGGCCAGGAGAUUGGGGAGGCGGCCUUGUUCGAGACCAACUACCGGCGCCACGCCACCACCCGCUGUGGAUCCUGCGAGUCGUUGAUGUUCCUGGUCAGCCGGGACGCCUUCUACAUGUGUCUGGAGAAGUUCCCGGAGGAGAAGAUCAAGCUGGCGGAGCAAGUGCGGCACCGCAUCGCCAUGACGGUGCUGAAGGAGCCCUUCAACAUGUGUGACCCAGCCUUCCUGCACCUGGUGUGCACGGAGUGCGAGGUGGUGAACCUCAGUUGGCCCAAGGCCGCCUGCUCCCCGGACUCUGCGGACGAGGUGAUGCACCUAUGCUACGCAGGGGACUUGAUCGUGGAGGUGGAGGGGCAGGACUCCCGCUUCGCCAAGAAGUGGGAGAUCUUUGGGCUAGAGGCGGCCCUGGGUCUGCGGAGCGGGCCUCCGGAGUACAAGCUGCUGGCCGGGCGCGCCGGCUGCACCUUGGUGCGGGUCACCUGGAAGGCCUUCGAAGGCGCUUUGCGCUUCUUCCCCACGCAGCUGGGGCACCUGCUGCGCUUGGCCUCUGGUUCCGUUCCGAAAGACCACCCAUUCGUGGGCCAGGAGGGCCUCAUUUGGGAGAUGGUGCAGCCGCUGCUGUGCCAGAUAUUUUGCACCAUGGACGUCGACUUCGCCUUUUGCCAGGCCUUAGCCCCCCACUUCCAAGCCUCCGUCUACGACGCCGGGUGCCUCAUCGCUGCGGAGGGCGCGGUGUGCGACGCCUUGGUCCUGCUCUUGUCCGGGGAGGUCCUGUGGUCCCGGCACGGCAUCGCCACCUUCGCGGCCGCCGCGCCCCAGUACUUCGACGAGACGUGUUUCUUCUUCGGCGGCUCUCACAAAGCCAGUCUUACGGCCACCACCACCACGGUGAUUUGGCGCCUGCACCGGGAUGCCGUGCAAGCGCCGGAGACCGCGGCCUUGACGGACAGCGUGGUGGAGCUGCGGCAGAGCAUCCAGAGCAAGUUGCGGUCCAACCUCCGCAACAUGAAGACCUGGCGCAGGUUCAACUCAGAGGUCUUAGAGCUGCUUUGUGACAACAUCUUUCUGCGCACCUACUUGCCCAACCAGACGAUUUUCAGCGAUGGAGACUUGGGGGAGUGUAUCUUCAUUUUGAUGCGUGGUCGCGCGGAGGUUUCGUCGCACGGGGACGACAAGGUGAGCUAUUUAGAGGAGGGCACCACUUUUGGGGAGAUGGUGCUCUUUGGUCAGCCCAACCGCACCACCACGGUGAAGGCGGAGAGCCUUUGCAUCAUCAACGUGGUGCACAAGGACUUAGUGAGCUACGCGCUGCGGCUUGCCCCAAAGGCUUUGGCCUCUGGCAGCGUCAAGGCGGAGCCGUCCCGCGUGCAGGGCACCGAGGACCGCGCGCUGCGGGGCUACGGCCACUACGACCGCUUCGGCCGCACCACUUCGGGCACCGAGCGGCGCGGCCACGAGGAAGAGCCGAUGGCACGCACAAGCGCGAGUGACCGGCGCCAUCGCGGUGCCCGGAAGUGCCUCUUCGACCUCUCGGUGCCGCGGCUGCCCCCCGUCCAGGCGCAGCUGUACCAGGCCCCGGAGACCACGCAGCAGGCGCUGCGCAGCGCCUUCAGCGGCGUGAUGCCCCGCCAGGUGCUAUUGGCCUCCUCCAACAUGCGCGGGGUCCGCCUUUCUCCGCCUGGGAGCAAAAAACGCCUUGGCCUCGAAGACGCGCUGCCCCACAUCGCGCGGGUUCCGCUGGGGCGCGCCACCUACACGGAGCCAUUGCCCCCACAGCGGAUCACCAAGCGCCUAGAGACGCCGUGGAUGGUUCAGGACCACCGCUUCGUCAUCAUGGGGAACCUCCAGGUCUUGGCCAGCAGUUUGUUGCGCCUCAGCACCAAGCCCUCCAUCGCCGACCUGCUGGAUGCCAGCGCUGUGCCGCCGCCCAAGCGGCCGCAGGCCCCAAAGCGCCGCGUGAGUGCCUACUGCCGCCAGCUGGCCCGCUCCGCGCGCGCCUACGCGCCGGAAAGCCGCCCGCCGGCCGGGCCGGAUGUUCCGCCGGAGCGCGAUGCGGACUCGCCGGCGAUCUUGGACCUUUGCAGCUCCCGGGGCUCCGUGGCGUCGCGCCCGGAUGACAGACCGCUGAACUUCUGCAUCAGGCGUAUGGUCUACUGCGCUGUGCUUGGAAGCAGCGAUUGCCUGGUGGCGGUGGUGCUGGACACGCCCUCAAGGGGGAGCUCGGCUCACGGGUCUGUGCUCUACUUGGGCUUGGAGGUCGACCUGGACGGCAGUGCGCGCACCUGGUCCGCGAGCCCUGCGUCCACAUACACUCAGUCUCUGGAGCCUCAGGACACCCCGACCAGCACGCGGCUGAAUAGCAUCGUGGCCAACGAUGUGGUGGCCCAAGCGUUGGAGGACUUCUGAAGUCCCGGGCCUUUGGUGGCGCAACUCCCCGUUGUCCACGUGGCCAGGUGGCCAGGUGGAGUCUUUUGGGGUGGCUUUUUGAUUACGG